CAACUCGAGUCGGAACAGCAACAAGCUAGCGUUCAGGACGAGUGGAUGGAUCUAGCGGAGCGCAUUGACAGCAUCCAGGGGAACGAUGUAUGGCGGUCCGACCCGAGCUGCCCCUUGUACGAACAGGAACGUAUUUCGGCGCGGAUUGACGAAUUGGUGCACCUUAUGCGACGCCGGGAUAUCUUUGAACUCAUGUUUGUGCUGCGUGCUUCGAUUGGACGCAACAAGUUUGGGCUGUUGCACGAAGGGCUGUUCAGCAAGGCGUUAGCGGGUACCAAAGUACUCGUCGAGACGUAUCACAACGUGGUCUGUGCUGCCUUGGACUUUUGUUGCGACGCUCCCGUGUCUCCUGACGAGGAUCCUAUCCCUACGGAUGCCCGUCUCGCAUUUUUCAACGAAACUCGACACGCUUACGGACGUACAGCCUUGCUCCUAUCCGGUGGUGCGGCCUUGGGCUUUUACCAUACUGGUGUCGUCAAGACGCUUAUGGAAAAUCGCCUCAUGCCGCGUGUAAUUGGUGGCAGCUCGGCUGGUUCGCUCGUGUGUGCCAUGAUAGCUACACGGACAGACGAAGAAUGCCGGACCUUGCAAGGGUUGGUUCCAAUUCCUCUCCGACACUUUUCCGCCGUGUUGUACGAUAUCGUCACCGGCAACCGUCGGCCUCAAGACAUGCUCAUGAAUGAUACAGAACACUUCCGAGCUUGCGUACGGGCCUGUGUCGGUAACUUCACAUUUCAAGAAGCUUUCGACCGGACUGGGCGUAUUCUGAACAUCGUGGUGACGCCCAAGAACAAUUCCGAUCCGCCCCGCUUACUCAACUACUUGACGGCACCGCACGUUAUGGUAUGGUCAGCUGCCGUCGCGAGCUCCUCCCUACCCGGAGUUUUUGAAGCUAAUCGACUAGUUGUCAAGGAAGCAGACGGUUGGGAACGGUACGAGUCGGGCGGCGCGCCACAGCACUUUUCGGAUGGAUCGAUGGAACAGGAUUUGCCCAUGCAGCAGCUAUCGGAGAUGUUCAACGUCAACCACUUUUUGAUCUCGCAGGCCAACCCACACGCCGUCAUGUUUGCCAAUUAUCAACAAAAGAAUUCGGUGUGGAGUAAUCCUGUUACGGGCUUUGUGGAUUCUAUUCUGACCUUUUUACGCGAUCAAGUGCGCACUUGGUUGUUGCAUCUCGUGGCGUGCGUUGGCGCUCGUAGUAUUACACCUAUGUUCCAGACUCAACGUGGAAUUGGUACAACUUUCCUGACGCAAGAAUACGAAGGGCGGUCUUGCGACAUUUCACUCAUCCCAUGGUUGGGUCAUCGGGGACUCUUCAGUGCCUUAUUGCACAUUAUCUACAACCCAAGGGAAGCCGAGUUUCGCGAAUGGAUCCAAGCAGCUGAACGAGAAACCUGGCGACACAUUCCGGCCAUCAAAUCGCACAUCGCCGAAGAAGUUACUCUGGAUCGUUGUGUACAAAGGCUACGAAAAAGA